AUGCAAAUUAUAUGGGAACCUAUUUUGCCGGAAACUGUCAAAGUUAAUACCGAUGGUAGCUUUAGCAAGGAAAGUGGAAAAGCAGGCAUUGAUGGGGUGGUCAGGGACUAUCAUGGUGACCUCAUUAUGGCUUUUUCUAUGCCUAUCAAUUGUGAUAGUAACAAAAUGGCGGAUGCAAAAACGACUGAGUUUGGAGGGAAAUGGUGUAGCCAAAAUGGAUAUGCUAAUUUUUCUCUUGAACUUGACUCUAUGAUUAUUGUCGAGAUUCUUACAGAAAGAGAUACAAACAACUUGAAGAUCAAGAUGCUGAUUGAUAGAACCUCCAACAUUGUUCAACAUGCUAGAAUUAAUGUAAAGCAUUGCUUCAGAGAAGAUAACCAAGUAGCAGAUUGUCUUGCAAAGUUGGCCAUUACCACAAAUAAGAGGAGAGUGUUCCACUCAAUCCAACAACUACCCAAUAGUGUUAAAUGA